CCUGUCAUUAGCUGUCCAGGCAUAGACGCAAGAUGACAGCAUUGGCUCUACGUUUUCUGGUGGCCAUCUGCGCCUUUUCCUGCAUAUCUGGCAUACGCAUCAAGAGCAACUCCACCAGCGGCAGGAGCAGCAGCAGCCUCUACAAGGAUCAGCGCAUUAUUGGUGGCGAGGCAGCACCGGAGGGAAUUGCCCCGUACCAGAUAUCACUGCAGAGCCUCUCGGGUGCCCAUUCCUGUGGUGGUGCCAUCAUUGCCGACAAGUGGGUCCUCACCGCCGCUCACUGUGUCAUGAACGCCAAUCCCCAGCUGCUGGUGGUCGUCUCUGGCACGAAUCAGUACAACAAUCGGGAGAAUCGCAACUUUGUGCAGGCUGUGCACAUCCACUGCAACUACGACAAUCCCUCGAUGCACAAUGACAUCGCGCUGCUGCAGCUGACCGAGUCCAUUGUGUGGAAUGAGCGGACUCAACCCAUACCGCUGCCUGUGGCGCCCAUGCUGCCGGGCGACGAAGUGAUUCUCACGGGCUGGGGCUCCACCAUACUGUGGGGCAGCACACCCAUCGAUCUGCAGAUAGUCUUCCUCAAGUACGUGCCACAUCGCGAGUGCAAGGAGGCCUUGAACGGCGACGAGGACUGCGAUGUGGGUCACAUUUGCACCUUUUCGCGGCAGGGCGAAGGCGCAUGCCAUGGGGAUUCGGGUGGUCCGCUGGUCAGCAAUGGCCAGCUGGUGGGACUCGUCAACUGGGGCUGGCCCUGUGCCACUGGUGUGCCGGAUGUCCAUGCCAAUGUCUACUUCUACUCGGAUUGGAUACGCAAUGUCAUGAGUGGCAACACAAAGUGUGGAGGCUACGGCACCGCAGAGCGCUAGAGGGACUGUCGUUUGGCUAUCGUUUGAUCAUAAAAUAAAACAUUAACGAUACAAAACACACAGAAACCAUUUACGAUAAGACAAGGCCCAUUAAUAAAGGCAUGAAAGUACCUUUGGGUGCUUAGUUUA